AUGGGAGCAACAUGUUGCAAGUCAAAUUUGCAAACUUAAGAUGGUAUUAAUAAUUAUCGAUUGGCUUUAAUAGAACUUUCUGUUCAAUCAGCAGCUUUCGGAGAUAAUGACUAGGGAUCUUAAAAGAGGGUUGUUAAGUAAACAACUGCUAGCAAACGUUAAGCAUAUAUUCCAGCACAGACAUUCGGGUUAGGAUUGAAACAAAAACUUAUCCGAUGA